ACUUUCUCCUGAAGAAACUCUCUCCUUAAGUAUUAAGAAAGAGAGAGAGAGAGAGAGAGAGAGCCCAGAAACGAAGUCUCACAUUAAUCAAAGCUCAAAAAAUCGCCUUCAAUGGAUGCUAAGAUCGGACAGUUCUUUGACUCCGUCGGUUCCUUCUUCACCGGCAGCGAUAAGAUCCCUUGGUGCGACGGAGAUGUCAUCGCUGGAUGUGAAAGAGAGGUUAAAGAGGCCACAGAUUCUGGCGCUGAGGAUCGUAAGAAAGAGUGCUUGAUGCGAUUGUCGUGGGCUCUUGUUCAUUCCCGUCAACCCGAAGAUGUGCAACGCGGAAUUGCCAUGCUUGAAGCAGCUCUGGAAGACAGUGCCUCUCCGUUACAGGAGCGAGAGAAGAUCUAUCUUCUUGCUGUUGGAUGUUACAGAAGUGGGGAUUACUCAAAGAGCAGGCGCCUUGUCGACCGCUGUAUCGAGAUGCAAGCUGAUUGGAGACAAGCUUUGGUUCUAAAGAAGGCCAUUGAAGACAAAAUCACAAAGGAUGGUGUUAUAGGGAUAGGCAUCGCAGCAACAGCCUUUGGAGCCGUAGGUCUCAUAGCUGGUGGUAUCAUAGCGGCCAUGUCUCGCAAGAAAUGAACACCACAAUCAUGACUUCUUCUCUGUGCAUACAAUGGCAGCUUACUUUCUUACAAGUUUUCUCUUUGACAAAACUGUUAUUUUCCACUGCCUUGUUGCUUCACAAUUUGAAUAACUCUUUAGAGUUUUAUAAUAUGUAGAAGCCUGAGUUGGAUAUUUCACCUCUCCUUUGAUAGGAUAUUGCUUGGUUUUCAAAUUCCAA